GGCAUGUGAGACAGAGCAGCUACUUCUUUUUCUAGAGAGAGAGAAACAUUCUGGUAUGUAGAGAGAGAGAGAGACUGGGGAAUUAAGGGAAUUAAGGGAUGGAAAUGGUGGGACCGAAGCGGAUGAGGUUGUGCUCCGGCCAAGAUGGCGGAAACGACGUCGUUGCGACGGGACGGUGGGAGAGUCUGAACCCGGAGGUUCUGGCGCUGGUAUUCGUGAGAAUCCCGGCGGACGAGCUCGUGAGGGUGGUGUCUUUGGUGUGCAAAUCGUGGCUCGCCGCCGUGGCCGGUCCCUACUGCUGGAAAGAAAUCGACGUGGAGGAGUGGUGCCGCCGGAGCCGCCGCCCAGACUGGAUUGACUCGGCGGUUCGCAAACUGGUUCGCCGUAGCAGGGGCGACUUCGGCCUCCUCGCUGCCUUCAAGCUCGGCAACGCUGGUUUCUCCUUCGCCGCCAACUUCGGGAGAUGCCUCAAGGAAUUGCGGAUACCGAUGAGCAAUGUGACAGACAACACGGUGGAGAAGCAUGCUGAGUCACUCACCAAGGUAAAAGUUCUAGACAUCAGUAACUGUGUGAAGAUAACAAGCAAAGGGCUUGAAGCAUUUGGGAAGCACUGCAAGUGUUUAGUUCAAUUGAAGAGGAACAUGCCUCCACCAGAGUUGGGGAUGCCUACGGCUGGAGUGGCUUUGAAGGCUGAUGAUAGUGAGGCAAUUGUCAUAGCUGAUAAUAUGCCAGGCCUCCACCAUCUUGAGCUCGGUUUUGGCCGCUUUGGUAACCAUGGCCUCAAUGCCAUUCUUACAAGUUGCAAGCUUCUUAGCAAUCUUGACAUUCAAGGGUGUUGGAAUGUGGAGUUUGAUGCUGAUCUUGAGGACAAGUGUGAGCAAAUUGAGCUUUUUAAGGACCCUUGGGUUGAUGAUGACUAUGAAAAUUGUGGUUAUUCGGAUGACGAUGGUGAGGAAUUGCCCUUCUCAGAGUCAGAGUAGUUCAUGGCUCAUGCCUUCUCUUUUUUGUGCAAAAGAAUAUAUACUUAAAUUUCUUUUCUGGGUGCAUUUGGAGUAGUAUU